UACUUUUUCUCUUCCGGCUAUUCUUGUUGGAUAUCCCGUUCGGUCUUGGUCUCUGAUUGGACUGGGGACAGCAAGUGGAAUGAAUUAGUCACAGCUACGAGAAGACUCAGCUGUGAAGUCUCUAUAUUCAAGGGGGCAAACUUCUCUGCCUCAGCCUCACAACAUCCUGCACAUUUGCCAGUGACUGUAGCCAUCUGGCAGAAAUGAAGUCAUCUAUCAUCCCCGUCGACUCUGGAUGGACAGCAGAUGUUGUUGUCCAGCCCAGUGGCGGUGCUGAUUCCUUGGUUCUGGAGCAAUCGGAGUCAUCCCUUCUUUCUAUUCCGCUUCACCCCCUGGGUGUCAAACCUUCUGGCAACCAAUACACUGCUACCAGCAACGCACGCCAUGCAAUUGGACCAUUUCAAAUACUCCCUGACGAGGUUCUGGCAAUUUUCCUGGAAUAUCUUGACUCACCCCAAUUGCGAUUACUCGGGUCUUGCUGCAAAUUUCUCUAUGCAUUUUGCCGUUCUGAGGAUCUUUGGAAGACAUUAUUCAUCGAAUCGCCUCAGUCGAAAUCAGGAUCGUUUUCAUGGCGUGGUUCGUGGCGCUCAACCUUCCUUGGACUUGAGGCUGGCCAAAUGGCUGAGAUCCGCUGCGAGAAUGUCUUCUCAGAUGUGCUCUAUCCACCAUUUCUUUGCACUUAUACUCCACUAAGCCCGUACACUACCAAUAUUCCCAGAGGAAACGCUAUCCCUCGUCUUGAGGAUCUCUCACCAACCGAAUUCUCUGAGAAUUGGAGUGAUAAGCCAUUCAUUCUCACUCGUCCUGUUCGAGAAUGGCCAGUAUAUAAAUCAUGGGAUACUGAUGCCCUGCUAGAACAGUUUGGGAAUGUCAAAUUCCGGGCCGAAGCAGUCGAUUGGUCACUGAACACCUAUAUUCAAUAUAUGAACAAUAGCAGCGAUGAGAGUCCCCUCUACUUAUUUGACCGAGGUUUUGUGGACAAGAUGGGUCUCAGCGUUGGAAAACACCAACAGUCUCCAUCCUACUGGAUCCCAGAAUGCUUUGGGGAAGAUCUUUUUGCAGUUCUCGGAGACAAGAGGCCUGACGAUAAAUGGUUAAUCAUUGGUCCUGCUCGAAGUGGCUCAACAUAUCAUAAAGACCCGAAUGCGACGAGUGCGUGGAACGCAGUUCUUCGGGGUUCGAAAUACUGGAUUAUGUUCCCGUCUAAUGCUUCGACUCCCCCGCCCCCAGGCGUUUAUGUGUCUGAAGACCAAAGCGAGGUCACAAGUCCUCUCAGUAUUGCAGAAUGGUUACUUGGUUUCCAUGCAGAAGCUCGAAACACACCAGGCUGUGUCGAGGGUAUUUGUGGCGAAGGAGAAGUUCUGCACGUUCCUAGCGGUUGGUGGCAUUUGGUUGUCAAUCUUGAUACUUCGAUUGCUAUUACUCAGAAUUUUGUUCCUAGGAGCCACCUGCCAGGGGUUCUCUCUUUCCUCAAAGACAAGCCUGAUCAAGUCUCGGGAUUCAAGAAAGAAGUUACGGAUCCAUACGGGGAUUUUGUGAAAGGCAUGCAAAAGGAGCAUCCCGAUUUGCUUGAGCAAGCUCUUGCUGAAUUGGAGAGAAGAGCCGAAGGUAGAAAGAGAAAAUGGGCCGCCACAAUCGGCAAAGAUGAAGCGGAAGAAAGUCGAGGAUUUAGCUUUGGUUUUGGAGAUGAUAGCGAUGAGGAGGUGCCGUAAAUUUUUCCACGACGAAACUGUAUAUACGCCGUGCAUGAUAUAUAAGCAUAGGUUUGGUGUACAAAUGACAGUUAUGGUUUACGAAGAC